UCCCUCUCACUUGCACACUCGCCAUUGUCGCAAGCUCACCAAGAAAAGCACACGCUUGUGUGUGCAUGAAACGCCACCACCACCAGGUGUAACAGCGGCGGCGAUGGUGGAGUUGCGCGGCGAGAGGCAGACGCUGACCUCGGAGCUGGCCCAGGUGCGGGCCAUGGCGAGGGAGCUGGAGGCGAAGAUGGACCCGGACAAGGCGGCCGCGAGGGAGCUCUGCAGGGCGCUGUCGUCGUCCGUCGACAGGUCCAUCCGCCUCGCCAUGUCCUGCUUCCCGCCGGACUCGCGCCACGGCGGCGGCGGCGGCGCCGGCAAUGCCGGCGCCGGCAGGGACAGGGACGACGCGUUCAAGAAGAGGAAGGGGAUGGCCAAGGUGAGGAGACAGGUGAGGGUGACGUCAGUGCAGGACAUGGUGUCCCUGGACGACGGCCUGAGCUGGAGGAAGUACGGCCAGAAGGACAUUCUUGGCGCCAAAUACCCGAGGGCCUACUUCAGGUGCACGCACCGGCACACGCAGGGAUGCAACGCGACGAAGCAGGUGCAGCGCACCGACGGCGACCCGCUGCUCUUCGACGUCGUCUACCUCGGGGAGCACAUCUGCGGCCAGGCCGCCGCCGCCGCACAGAGGGCUCCACCGCUCGCCGGCGCAGAGCCGGUGCCGAUGCAGCCUCAGCACGCCGGCCAGGAGCAGAGCUCGCCACCUGCCGUUGAAACGGAAGGGAUAACUCAUCAGGUGGUAGAAGAUCCCAUGGCGCCGUUCUUGUUCACCUCGACGCAGGACGUCGUCGACGGUUACUUCUCCUUCAUCUCGCCGGCGAACUCCGACUGCCAGUUCAGCAGCGACUUCUCGGCGGGCAGCGCUGGGGUUGACAUGGACCACGAGGCUCGUUUCGACGAUUUGUUCUUGAUCACUUCCGAGUUUUUCCAACCAGAGAUUCAGAAUCUGUAGCUGGCCAAGUAGCACGCAGUAUAGUACUUUGUCAGUUCGCAUCUGUAUCAGCUACUGGCCUACUACUCUGUACAGCAUCGAUGCUUUUUCCUAAUCCUUACAAAUGGAUCUACUAUUAGCUGCUUAGUUUCUUAUUGCCCCAAACCUCGAUCAUGAUAACAUCGAUCAAGAUGCCAAUAAUGAUCCUGAAAUCGCAGCAAAUAAUUAAGCAAAUUAUGUUCAUCGUUAGCAACAAUGAUAUAGUUCAGCAAGAAAGAAUCAGGUU